AUGGGGUCAAAAAGUCACGAAAUAAACGAAAUUUUAGCAAUUCCUGGCAAUAAUAUUUGUGCAGAUUGUGGUUGCCACUCGCCCCGCUGGGCGAGUAUCAAUUUGGGUGUCGUCAUCUGUAUCAACUGUAGCGGAGUACAUCGCAAACUGGGCGUUCAUAUUUCAAAGAUAAAAUCGCUCACGUUGGACACUUUAAAACCAGAAUGGAUUAAAUGCCUCAAAUACAUAGGAAAUAAUAUAGCCAACUCUUACUAUUUGAGCAGGCUGCCAAAUGAUGUACCUAGGAUCAGGCCAGGGGAGUCAGCCCAUAAAGUGGAGAUUUGGAUCAGGAAUAAGUAUGAAAAAAAAAUAUACUCUUCAAAUGAUCUUAUAGAACCCUGUGUAUUAGUAAAUCAAGGCAAAGAUCCGAGGAACGUAUAUUCGUCGGCCAAAACUAUGCUUUCCAAACCUCAUUCGGAAUUUGUAGCAGAUUUCUCUUACCUUACAAUGUCACACACUAAUUCAAAUUCUACCAAUGCUCCAUUGAUUGAGUUGAACAAUAAAGAGAUUAAUUUUGCUAAUUUUGAUUCGUGCACAACUCGCUCAUAUCCAGUGGAUAUUGUCAAAAAUGUGGACAUUGAAAACCAAACUACACAUGUAUCAAAAGAGGAAAAUAUACCAAAAUUGAGCGACGUUUACAAAAUUAGGGACGCCAAAAUUGAAGCUGCUAAGGCAUGUAUUGCUAAAAUGUACAAAAAUCCAGAACAAUUGGGUUUACAUCCAGAUGCCAAUGAUAUUAAACCGUCUUGCAUCGACAACUCUGGCAAUAUAGAUUUCACCAAACUUUUUAAUUAUGGUUCUUAA